CACUCUCCCCACCCCCUCCGCUCUCAUAGGCAGACAAAGUUUACUGUAGGAAAACCAGCUUCCUUAUCCAGAGCCAGCCUGACCCAGCAAGAAGGAGUGUCUUUAGCAGUGUGAGAGCCCCAGCAUUUUAUAGAGAUCCAAAAAAUGAGGCGCCACUUGCUGGGCAGGGAUCUAUCCAGACAGUGGGAGACAGAAAGGAAGGCUGCCAAGCGAGCUGAAGCCAGGCUUGCACUAGGAUUGCUCUGGCUGGAAGAAUGUCGGCUCUAUCGUGUGAACACCGUGGCCAAGGAGCAGAGGCAGCUGCAGAAAGAACUGGAGAAGCUGAGGCAGGCAGAAAACUCCAAGAAAAAGUUCUCAUCUUUUAGCGGUGUUUUACUUGGAACGCAGAAGAAGCCAGAAAUGCCUAUACUUUCCCAAAAGAGAGGUCAGAGGCACAGAAUUGCUGAAGCUGGUGUCAUUAGAAUAGAAGCUCCUCUGCUCCAAACCAAGGAAUAUGAAGCUUCCAAACCCACAGAUUUACCAAGUUCACAUGCCAUCGACUGCAUAAAGAACAAAGAAGCAUUUUCUCAAAGCCCCAGGGUCCCCAGCUGUAUUGGAGGUGGACCUAAAGCCCCAAGGAGCAGCUCAGUGACAUUCACUAACCCACCCCAGGACCAACCACAAGGCAUCUCUGUUGACCUCCAGAAGCCUGGAGCCUUCAGCAGAGCACAAACAGUCCCUGGUGCUCCCCGGGGUGAAGGUGAAGUGAUAGAAAUCAUGGAGAUCAACCCUGAUGGAGGGGUUGGCCCAAAGUCUGGCAAACACAAUGAAAACCGGAGGUAUAUUCCAGGUGGAGAGAUGCCUACCUUUGAGGGCAAGACUUGUACUUUUUACAGUUACCUCCGGACAGUGGACACGAUGCCAACCUACCUGGAACUCUUUGCCAAGGUCAAGAAUGCCCGCUACCUCCGGCACAGAGUACCCCCUGAAUCUGAGAGGGUGAUCAGUAUUGGGGAAAUAUUUGGGCACAAGACAUGCUUACAGCCCAGGGUGGGAAGCAAGUCAGACAAAGGCCUAAGCGUCUGAAGUGCCUCUCUCACCUUAUUCUGGUCUAGCUAGCCAAAAGCAUGUGUUAGGAUCUCUGGCUAGAUGUACCCUUAAAAUAUCUUCAUAAAAACAUAUACACACACACAUAUACAUACAUAUAUACACACAUAUAUGUAUAUACACACACAUUAUAUAU